AAUGUUUAGCUUCUUCAAACGCUCAAAGUCACAGAAAGGAAAACAAAAACAAGAUAAACUGCAACUGCCACCUGAACCGCACCAGCAAUCAACGGAGGAGAGCGGCCAGGAGGAGCGAGCAUCGGCUAGAAAUGCUCCCGAAGACGUGCGGCCGCCCGCUGAGCCGUCUGCGAAGGUUGCGUCUGAUGCGUACGCAAGCGCAAACGUGUUGCAGACGGGUGCGCUAAGAAGUCAUGUUGGCGACGAGGAAAACCAAACUAAAAAUAGCCCAACUCGACCACCACAGCUAGCAUCCGCACCAAUACAGGCAGCGCUCGUUCCGAUGGGAAGCGGAAUUUUGGCACCCUCCCCGGAGGUUUGGGAGCCACAGGGUGCCGGAGGGCAACGGCAAUUGUUGCCCUCGAAGUGGCCAACUUCGGGCGUUUCGAAGGGUGCAGACGAAGCAAACGGUUCGCACAAACUGACGGGCACGAUCAGCAUCGAUCGAGUCAGUACGAGUGGUCCAACGCACCGGUACGGUUCGGACGCGAACGAUCCGAUCCGCGAAAACGAAUCCUCUCGCAAGCAGCAGACGGUAGCUGCCGGGUACGACGGUAGUCGCGAAACUUCGACCAGCCGCCCGAUCGAUGACAGCGCUGGCCGGGCACGGGAAACGCAGCCCAACGCGACCAGUUCGAAUCCGUACGCGCCACCGAGUGAAAGUGCAAUGGCGAAAGGGAAAAAUCGACGCCGUUAUCAGCAACCACACCAGCAACAGCAGCAGCAACAGCAGCAUCAACAGCAUGCGAAAGCAACACAGCAUCCGAAUGCGCUCAAGCUGUCCCUGCCGAAAGGUGAUUCCAGUGGAGGUCAGGAAGCGUCCCAAGGUAAGCCACACCUGGCAAACCUUCCCGCAGCGAUGACCAUCGUUACCGUCGAACCGAUCAAGGUUAGAGAGAAGAUAGUGGAGGCGCGGCAGGAAAGUGGAGAAGCCAAGCCCAACCUACCGGACGGUGACGUCACCAAACCCGAACCCGGUGACACCCCAAACCGAACAGCCGAACCUUUAGCGAAGACACGCACCAAUGACGGCAACGAAAGCGUGGCGCUAGUAUCACCGAACGCAUGCGCACUACAGUUGACAGCUAGCACUAACACUAGUGGACCGCUACUCACCGAUGACGACAACGUCACCGCCGAGCGACAGUUAUUAAAUAUCAAAAAUGGUUCGCCCACCACUACGUACAGCGAUCCUCACGAACACAACGAACAGUCCGCCAGGGAACGGAACACAACCACACCGGCAGCUGAAGAUCGUGCCCUCUGUACGUCGGAAUCGACGAUCCUGCCCGCCAGUAGUAAACCGGUCGCGAACCUUACCGUAUCGGAGUCGAAUGCCGCCAACAGGGGCGGUGCACGAGCAGAACCAACAGUAACCGAGCAGCCACCAACCAUCCAGGAAAUGGGCCAACAGCCAAGCCGCGAAAGCAGCGAACAACGAUCCCAAACGAUAGCGAGGUCCAAGUCAGCGUCACCACCGUUGCCACCGCCACGCAAUCAGCGCUCGGCCUCGGUGCUUCCGGUGCUCGAUCUAGAGUCGGCAGCGCGUCACAGUACCACCACAGUUGUGACGAUCGUACAGGAUGCUGCUGGGGACGAUACUAGCGACGAUCGGGAUGUCUUCUACGAAGCAACAGAAACCAUCGCGCCGGGCUCACCAAACGCGCAAGACGAUCGACGUACUGGCUCCAGCCCCCCCGGUACACCGGAACCGAUCCGAGCUAGUUUGGUGCUUAAGCUCACCGAACCGGACAUCCGCAACCAACAGCGGGAAAGUCCACAAAAGAAGCAGGUUAGCUUCAAGCUAACGCAGAACGGUAGUGACGAUGUGGACGUGACCAGUGUUGACAGUAGUGACGUGGACAGUGACAGUGAAGAGCAACAGCCAACCAUUCAAUCAGACACCACACCACGCACAUACAGUGCCAUUCGUACCGCAUUUAGUGAGAGUAAUAACGACAACCCACCGCCUUAUGGCAUCAGUGCGUUCGGGGGCGAACCGCGCAAUAAUUAUAUCGAGUUUCAAUACGAUCACAGUGCAGUGCCUGAAGUGUCGAAACCUGCGGAUGGCGGUGAGGUGGACAAGUGUGCCGAAAAGGAGCAGACGACGGGUGUCCUGAUCGAGGACAGUGUUACCAGCCUGCCGGAUGUGGUGCAGCCGUCCGCCAUUGAACCGACCACCUUCAGCACCGUUGAGAAGAUCAACAGUGAAAUGAAGGAUCUGGUCAACCAGGAAUCCCGGUACAGUGCCAAACUUGAAGAGGCCGAAAAGCGUGUCAAGGAGGCGAACGUUAAGGUCUACGAACUGCAGCAGAAGCUCGAUGCUGUCGAGCGGGAUGCGCUGCUCAAGGAAUACAACGUGGAACGUCUGCAGGCGGAAUUGGUGGCCGCCCUAAAGGAAUGCGAUGGCAUACGGGCCCGGCUAACGACGCAGCAGACCGAAAUGGAAACGAUAAGACUGAAGGCCUCCGAUCGCGAGGACGAACUUAAUCUCAAGUAUCAAAAUUUGGAAAUCGAACAUUUGGAGCUAACGGAAAAGCUUGCUGAGGUACGCAAGUUGGCGCACGAUCUGAACAGCCAGCUGAUCGACGCAAAAUCGGAAGUGGAUCGGCUAAAGGAGGAACGCCAAAAGCUACUCGACGAGCGCACCGAGGAGCAGAAGGUAAUGCGCGAAGCGCUGGAAGAGUCGGUGCGCGAGCGGGCACAGGUGGAAGCGAAAUGGAAGCAAACUUUCGAACAGUUGCGCGAUGUGAACAAUGCGCGCGAGGAGGAUCUGAUGAAGGAUUGCGAAUUUACGAUCCGAUCGAUGCAGAAGACGUGCAAGGAAAAGAUGGAAACGGUGGAGAAGGAGCGCAAGCAGGCGCUGGAACAGGUGUGCCGGCUGGAAGAGUUGGCCCGGAAGCGGACGGACGAGGUGCGUCAUCUGAAAUCGUACGAAGCGGAAGUGGAACAGCUGCGUGGCCUGACGUACGAUCAGAAGGAAUCGCUCGUCACCAUGACCCGACAGGUGGAUAGUUUGAAGGCGGAGCUGGAAACGGCGUACAACAAGCUCGAGGAGGAGAUGGUGAAGGUGCAGCAGAUUAAAAACCGAUGCGAAUAUCAACUUUGUGAAAAGGAACGAGAGGCACUCAACCGGAUAGAGAUUGCACGAGGCGAAAUAGCAAUGCAAUGGGAGGAUCGACUACUUCACGAGAUGAACCGACUGAAGCUGGAGUUGGAGCAGACGCACAUGGAAGAGCGUACCUCUGCCAUCGAGAAGCUACGCCGCGAAGCUCUGGCCGAAACGGAAGCCAUGAGCCAACGGUUUAGCGAGCGCGAGAAACAACUAAAAACUGAGAUCGAAUCACUAAAAGCGAAACUCGAGCUGCAGAAGAAAACGAUGGCAAAUGCACAAUCCGAAGCUGACCAAAAGCUACUUCAGUCCCGUAUGUACGUAGAGCGUGCCGAACGGGAACACGAGCGUAAACUAGCAAAAGAAAUUUCCGCGAAGGAUGAAAUUAUUGAAAACCUCAAGCAACAGUUUGAACAGGAAAAGAGUGCAUUGGAGCGGGACUUUAGCGAACGGAUUCAACAGGUACAGGAAGAGUUUGCACGUGAGAUAUCCGACACGACCGAGUUGAUGAAGACGGCACACAAAAAGGAGCUAGAAACACAAUGGAAAGCGCUCGUUGCGGAGAAGGAAGAAGCGCUGCAUCUGAUGGACAAUCGAAACCGAAUCAGACUUGAGGAUGCUGAGAACAAAAUCAGAGAACUCACGACCGGCCAUCAGCGGCAGCUAAAGGAUCUGCAGGACGAGCAUAGCUUCGUGGUGCAAAGUCUGGAAACGCGGGACACGAAAAACGCACAAGAAAUUCAAACGCUCCAUAAAAAGUGCCGCUGCCUAACGAGUCUUUUCGAAGAGAUGCGUCUCCGCUACGAGCGACGCGAGCCACGCAUGGAGGACCUGCAGCAGAUUGAAGAGCUGAAGCUCGUGAUCGAGUCACAGGAACGUGACUUACGGCAGCUGACCGAACAGUUGCGAGAAUUGCAAAUGCAGCAAAUGCAGCACGAUCACCAUCCACCACAAACGCCACGCCGUUCGAAGCCAAAUCGGGGCAAACAGCAAAAACAACAGCAGCAGACCGGUAACAACACCAGACAACAGCAGCAACCUCAGGGUAGUAAACAGCAACAGAAGAAAGGACGUCCUCAAAGUUCUCCCGUAGAAUCGCAACCAAAUACUGACAAUCUGUUCGAAGAGGAUCAUCGAGAAGUUGACGAGGAGAUCGAGUACGUAGAGUCAGAAACUGCAGAUGUUCCUCAGGUCGUUCUAGUUCCACCCUCUCAAGUGAUACCCCCCAUGGUACAUCGGUCGCAGUGUGAGGUGAUCUACGAGGAGAAUGAAGCUGAUAUACUGCGCGAAGAAGAAGAGGAAGCAGCACAACUAGUCGAAGAACAGCUUCAGCAGCAGCUAGAGCAGGAAGAGAAUGUUGAGGACCAGCCGAAUCCGGAAAAUGAGGAACCGGUUGUAGAGGUGGAGCAGGACGAUAAGUUAACGGUGGUGGAUGUCCCCGAGUCUGCGAUACAAACCGAAGAUCGAGUAAUACAUUCGACCACUCCGACAAUCAUUGAAGAAAUCGAUAUGGACGACAUGUCAGAGCAGCACAACAGCAACGAACAAUCGUCGAAAGAUUGCUGUUCAACCGAAGCCACAAAGUCGAUCAUUGUUGUACCGAUCGAAAACGUAACCGAACCAAUCGCCCAACGUCCGCGUGCAUCUUCAACGCCAAGAAUUAUCAUUACCGAUGACGAGAAGGAUACCGAUGCUGUGGACCUGGAGAGUAUUGUGGUGGAGAUAUCCGAAGAAGGUUCACCCGCAGUGAUUGAACUUGCGCCCGUUUUCGCCAAACCCUAUCCAGCUCCAACGAAUCUAGCAUCCGAAACCGUCGGAGACAGUGUACAGACGGUUCCCGCUGGUACAGAGGUAUCGGUAGUACAUCUGCCAGAAGGAACCUCGCCCGAAGCGGGCAAUCCGUAG